CCCAGCCACAAGGGGGAGCUGCUCCAGUAGUUCAGGAUACCCCACCCAGCCCACAAGGGUUGACGGACCCCCUACCUAUACCUAUACCUGAUGAUUUUCAAUCCACAGCUCAUUUUCCUUAAUAUGUGACAAGCCUGGCAAAUUGUGAUAAUAUGUAUCAAAUUAGUGGUUCGCAUAACCCAAUAUUUGAAAAUUAUGGAGGUGCAGGCCCAAGUACUUCGAAUCAUCAACAAGAAAUCCAAGAAAGAACAUCGAAGGAAAAAACAUGACAAGAAAAGUGUUUUCUCGACUCGAGAUGUUAGAAGGUGCUAAAUCAAUAGGUGCCGGAGCUGCUACAAUUGCUUUAGCCGGAGCUGCUGUCGGUAUUGGAAAUGUCCUCAGUUCUUUGAUUCAUUCCGUGGCGCGAAACCCAUCAUUGGCUAAACAAUCAUUUGGUUAUGCCAUUUUGGGCUUUGCUCUCACCGAAGCUAUUGCAUUGUUUGCCCCAAUGAUGGCCUUUCUGAUCUCAUUCGUUUUCCGAUCGCAUAAAAAGUCAUGAGAUCAAAAAAGGAAUGUGAGAAUGUAGUUACAGACGUAAAAAAGUCAAUAUCUCGUUCUCUUGGUCGAUGAUGGCCUUUUUAUUGAUUUUGACGAUUGGAUCUCUCUAUGAAUGGAAAAGGGGUGCUUCGGAUCGGGAGUAACCACUUUUGAAAGGGCAGAGGGGGGGAAAAGUAAAGUCUAAGCGACAUAUGGCACGAAAAGGAAAUCAAAUUUCGGUAAUACUUGAUCUAUCAUCUGAUUCUGGUUUUUAUCAAUGGGGGGGGGGACUUUUCAUAGUUAUCAUUGUGAUAGCUGCUUUAGUAGUAGAUCCCUCCUUGAUCGUGACAGAUCAGGUUAGGCAAGCACUACUUGAAGUGAUUCUGUCACUUUUACAAUAUGUUUUGA